AACACCAACAACUUCGACGACAACAACAGAGAAACCUUCACCAACGACAACACCGACGACAACAACAUCAACAACAACUACGACAACAACACCAACAACGACUCCGGCAACAACACAAACGACUCCGACAACAACACCAACCACAACUUUGACAACAGAGAAACCAUCACCAACGACAACACCGACGACAACACCAAUAACAACUUCGACGAUAACAACAGAGAAAACCUCUCCAACAACAACUCCAACGACAACAAAACUAACAACAAAGACAACAACAUCUCCGACGACUAAAACACCACCACCACCAACAGCAACAACUCCAAUGACAACAACACCAAUUACAACUACGACAACAAGUCCGACAACAACAAAUCCGACAACAACAACACAGAAAACGCCACGAACGGCAACCCCGACGUCACCAAGCCAGACAACAACUCCGACUACAACAUUAGCAACUCCGACAACAAGUCCAAUAACAACACAAUCGGCAACUCUGACAACAACACCGCCAAUAACUACGACAAAAACACGAACAACAACAACUAUGACAACAACACCAACACCAACUCCAACAACAGAGAUGAAAACUCCGAUAACAACGCAGACAACAACAGCAACUAUAACUACAACGACAACAAAGACAACACCUUCGACGACAACACAGACAACAACGACAACUCCGACAACUGCAGCGACAACAAUGCAAACGACAAAACCGACAAUUCCGAAAGUAUCGACGACGACAUCUUCAGAAACAACAACUCCGGCAACAGCAGGAACAACUUCGACGACACAAGCCCAAAAAAGGACGACUACGACAGCAAAACCAGGUAUAACAUCGAGUAAAAUAUCCUCCACGUCCACUGCUAACCCAGCUACCGUUACCCCGGUGAUGAAUACAAACACAAGAAAUACUACAACACUUUCUCUCCCGACAGAAACACCCAUAUCAGCGAAUACACCUUUUACACAAAGUGAGCCAGACAUAAGUACCCCAGGUGUUACUAACACGACAAAGAGUUCAACGGAUACGGUGGCGAGUCCAAUAAAACACAAUUCCGACAAAACAAACGUGAAACCGGUCAUAAUUGGAGUUCUUGUUGGUUUUUUUGUUGUAGCCGCUAUUUGUGCCGUUGUGAUGUUUGUCUACCUGCGUAAACGUAGGAAACUAUCGAGACAAUAUAUACUGAAUGAUGUCAAUGUUAGUGUCAACAUGGGUUCUCACGGUCAGGGUAAUAUGUAUGUGUACGAUCUCCACAAAAAACAUGAACAAAUCCAUUUGGAGUACCUCGCAGAUGAUAGCAAGCCAAGUAAUUAAACGUGUAUGUUUCUAAGUUAUUGUUUACUUUAAAAUCGAAAUAUGAAAAAUGUUAUUAUUUUUUUACUAGCAGCUAAAUGUUCGAGCAAAUAAUAACAAAAUUGUAUAGAGUGUUAUAGAUUAUAGGUACAAUCCCAGGCGUUUGAUUCAGGUUAAUAUUUAUAGAAAACAAAUCUAUGUGUGUCCCUGUCUUACUAUAUCAACAAACAUCCCAAAAAGUCAGAAGUGACGGUGGGCUUCGAUUAACUUUGAAUUUAAAUUCAAUCCGACUAAAAUAUAAAAUGCAAACAAAUUUGGUCACGUACAUGUACCUUGGUUUAAAAUCCUUAAAUGGCAAUACAUGACAUUAUUUUGUAGUGUGAGAAUGAUUUAAAGAUGAGAAAAUGGAUCAAAAGCGGUCGUGAUAACCGACGAUACAUAGGCUGUGGAACGGAAGUAGUCCGCAUAUCUAAGAGCGGUAUGCAAGGGGUUAUCUGAUUGGUCGAUAACUCUGUAAACAAUCCUAACUAUACGACCAAUCAAUAGCCUACUUCCGUUCCACAGUCGAUGUAUCGUCUGAUCUUUGGGUUUUACACCUUGUUGAUAUAGGAAGAGUAAAUACUAACCAGACGCCUGUGGUACAAUUGUUUGCUCAUUUACACUCGUUCAGACUGUUAAUUGCAAAAAGGGAGAUCGCAAAGCAUUAUAUUAUUUAAUGCAAUCAUUUUCACGGGUUAUUUUCCACCAUAUAUAGUAUAAUGUUAUUGUGUGAGUGUAUAUACAUGUAUGUCUUUGCUUUUUAUAUAGGCAACACAUUAUAUUCAUUUUAUUGUAUAAAUCGGCUGGUCCGACAACAUUGAUGACGUUUCUAUGAGUUUAUUUCAAAAUGUAUGAUCUGUGAAUGCAAUGUAAUACAUAUGCUUUAGUACAUGUAUAUUAUUAAAAUCAUUUUAGCAGAUAACAUGCAUGUUCAUUCAAAUACUUAAUAGUAAUUUCGUUUUGAAUUAUAUUUUUUUCGAUAUUAAGCAUUAUGAUGUACCGGUAUGGUUAAAUGGUAUGCCGGUAAGAUUAAUUAUGUAUCGGUAAGAUUAAUGGUGUAGCGGUUAGAUUAAUGGUGUACCGGUAAGAUUGAUGAUGUCCCGCUCUGAGGAAUAAUGUAAUCACCCGGUUGUAUUUAUGAAGUAGUACUGUUUCCUAAGUUAAUAAGUUAAAAUAGUAAAGUAGUUAAUAUAUGUCUUGUUGAAUUUGUGUACUAGCAGUAUCAAUGCUUGCAGCUUUCAAUAUAUACCAGAUGUUUGCUAUGAUGCCCGCUGGUAGGGUAGAUCAUGCUUAUUAAUACUCACUCAGUCGCACAAAAAAUAUCAAACAAUGAAAUUGAUUCGAUCAUUGUGUGUAUGGAAGUCUGGUUUACAUGUGUAAAACUUGCAAAUAAAGCUUAAAGAAAGACAA